AUGAAGUACUCAUUUCUCGAUUAUGUUAUUAGUCAAUGGUCGGCGUUGCCCCCAGUGGAGACGGCUGAUCUAUCUGGGAAAACAGUUCUUGUUGUCGGUGCCAAUGUAGGCAUUGGACUCGAAGCAGCGAAACACUUCGCACGUAUGCAACCAGCGCGGCUGAUAAUUGCUUGCCGUAGCGAGGGGAAGGGAAAGGCUGCUUUAGCUGAAAUCGAACGAGAGACCGGAUAUGAUGGAUGCGAGCUGUGGAUGGUCGACCUUGCUAACUUUGCAUCGGUGACCGCAUUCGCUGACAAAUUCGAGAAGGAGGGUGGUGAUUUGCAUAUCCUGGUCAUGAAUGCAGCGAUUGCACUGCCCACUUACCAACCCGCCACUGAUGGCUGGGAGACCAUACUACAAGUUAAUUAUCUGGCAACGUCAUCUUCUACACCUUCACGGAUGGUAAUUGUGUCCAGUGGUGUCCUCUACUGGAUUACCCCUGCGAAAGAGGUCUUGACCUCCCCGAACCCACUUAAAAUGCUAGGCACUGAAGAAUGGUGUAUCCCCGAGCACAUGCGAUCCCGGUAUUCUGAGUCAAAGCUAUUUAACCUCUUCUUUGUUCGUGCCUUGACGGACAGGUUACAAACCAUCACACCACUCAGUGCGGUAGCUGUGAACCCAGGAUUCUGUUAUUCACAACUACGGCGCGUCUGGUACGAGCAACCGACCUUUUCAUUCGCCAAAAUAGCGCUUGCUAUUCACGAGCGUCUCCUGGCGUGGACGCCCGAACAAGGGAGUCGUCAGCUUGUAUUUGGUGCGGUGGGCGGACGAGACAACGAAGAGAAUGUGAAAGGCGGGUUCGUAAGCUGUGGUGGCCUUGUAGAGGUCGCCGAUUUCGUGCUCAGCGACGAGGGUCGUAAAAUGCAAGACACUGUUUGGAAAGAGACAAUAGACAUUCUGAGCGGCGUUUCUGACAAGAUUGCUCCAAUAGUCCAGGACUAUCUGUAGUACCUUCCUCGUCCAUAAACUGACACAUGUAAGGAUGGAACGUUUAAUCCCGGGGAAGCAAUUCGCAUCCACGCUAUGUAUGCGCCCCACCUGAGCUCCACAUGCACUCCGAAUUGCUCAACUGCUCACUAUUAUCUCCGCGCGCUUGGUAGCGAUGCUGCCUUGUUCAUUUAUCUACUCCUGCUUUGGAGCUGAUUGCUCGUCUUAUGAAGAUGAGCCAAAAAUUGACGUCAUUCUCAAGAUCUUGCAGGAGCUUGCGUUAAGAGUGUCACUCACGUUCAAGUUGGAGCAUUGUUUGUGCUUACAGUGAGUCCUGUUUUUCUUGGAUUAAUCAAGAAGUUGCGAAGGUCACUCGAAAAGCAGAAUUUUGAGUGGCUCG